UUCACCAUAGUGUAAAGUUUAUAAAACCUGAAACUAUUCAAACCGAUACUACAGUGGUUCGUUUCGUAUUUAGUACUUUAAUUUUAUGAACCAAUACAAUUAACUACAAUUUUCUACGCAACUUUGAACUGAACCUAUUAACGAAAGUGUUGAAAUUAUUAUUAAUUGUUUUUUAUAAUAAUGGCACACAAUGAGGACAAUAAAAGCGACGGUUCGGUUGAAAUCGAGGGAGAAAGUGAAAAUGAGGAGAAUGAAGAACCAGAAAAGAUUCUUAUCAUAGAUCCUGAUAGUGAAGAAUUAGAUUUCAAUCAUUCGAGGUUAACAAAAUUAGAAAACUUAGAGCCCUUAAGAAAAAUACAUAGAUUAUGUUUUACAUGGAAUCUAAUCAAGAAAAUUGAGAAUCUUGAUACUCUUACAACUUUGGUUGAACUAGAAUUGAGGGAUAAUCAGAUUACUGUUAUAGAAAAUUUAGAUGCUCUUGUAAAUUUGGAACUUUUAGACUUAUCUUUUAAUCGCAUAAAAAAGAUAGAAGGACUAGAAAACUUACUGAACUUACAGAAAUUAUUCCUAUCAUCAAACAAGAUUCAAUGCAUUGAAAAUAUGUCACAUUUGAAGAACCUAACGACUCUUGAGUUAGGUGACAACAAAAUAAGAGAAAUCAUCAAUCUUGAAGGUCUUGAGAAUCUAACAAGUUUGUUCCUUGGUAAAAAUAAAAUAACAAAGAUUGAACAUUUAGAAUGUUUACAAAAUCUUCAAUUAUUAAGUCUUCAAAGUAAUCGCAUCAUAAAAAUAGAGAAUCUAGAGGAAUUAAAGAACAUGGACCAGUUGUAUUUAUCUGAAAAUGGAAUAAUAUGUAUUGAAGGAUUAAUAAAUUGUCCAAAAUUGACGACAUUGGAUUUAGCAAAUAAUAAAAUAAAAAAGAUUGAAAACAUUGAUCAUCUUCAAGAUUUAGAGGAGUUUUGGGUAAAUAACAAUGAAAUUGAAGAAUGGACAACUGUGAAGAAUUUAAAAGUUAAUAAGAAAUUGCAGACUAUUUACUUAGAGCACAAUCCUGUUGCCAAAGAUUCAAAUUACAGAAGAAAGAUUAAAUUAUUGUUGCCAUGGCUUGUUCAAUUAGAUGCAACACUUUGUAGAUAG